AUGGACGGAGAUCCUUACUUUGGCAAAUUGCCGGCGGAGCUACUGGGCAAGAUAGCCAUCGCGCUGCCGCUUGACGAGGCGGCGAGGACCAGCGUCCUCUCCCGCCGAUGGCGGAGUCAGUGGAGAUUGCUGGCGUUGCCGAACAGCCACUUCGCCGGCAACGGCAUCACCAAGUUCAUGCCCGACGGUUAUCCAAUCUCGUGCUUCGACACCGUGGGUGAAUUCCUGAGCUGGGUCGACCAGGUUAUCCGUCGGCGAGAGCUCUUCCCUCUCCGCCCGGCCCGCACCCGGUUGCGAAACCGCCGUACCGAGUUCUCCAUCGACUCUCUAGGGCUGAAUUUUGAACCGGAGGAUCCCCAUUGCGGAUGGAUCGAAUUCAAUAAGGACAGAUCCAAAACCACGGCGCCAUUGGUGGAUGGCGCCUGCAUCUACUGCCGCUCCAAAGUCGUAUCCUUUCUAAGCCGCCCGCCGCACGGAGGACUCUCCCUGAGCAGUCUUUUUGGAGUUGAUCUAGCUGAUUAA